AUGUAUGACGAGAUGUUGAAGCCAAAAUUUCCGGUAGGGGUUGUGAUAGUCGGCUUUGCGGACGACAUCACCUUGGAAGCCUACGGUAACCACACCAAUAAUAUAAUCGACAUCAAAUACCGCAAAAGCGUUACCGAAUGUGGCGCUCUGGACCCCGGCAUCGACCUGCUCGACGCGCUAAGUUUACACACAAAUUUAUCCCAAUAUCAAGGGGUUACAGUCACACAAGAGUAUCAACAUCAAAGGGUAUAUCAUUUGUCAGGUGGCGAUCGAAAUCUUGUCCUUCCGACUAUGGUUUUUCACCGGGCCGUCGACAAGAUGAAGCUAACGCCCGAUUUCACGUUUGCCGUCGUCCUGAAGCAGGAGCAAGCUAACUCGGGGACCAUCGUUUCCUUUUCAAACGGAAACAAUAGGUAUUUAGAAUUACAAUCAAGUGGAAGACGUGACGAAAUACGUUUUCAUUACACACACAUAACAGCAGCGGGCGUGUCGCAGAUGCACACCGAGUCCUUCCCGUAUCGACUCGCGGACGACACCGAGCACAAGGUGGCGCUAACGGUCAGCGGCACCGAGGUGCAGCUGUACAUCGACUGCCAUCCACUGUAUAAAAGAGUGACACAUUUUUUACCAGAUAGAAAUUUUAGUGCUUCCAAUAUGCAAUUAUUCGUCGGACAAAGAAACUCAAAUAGUCAUUAUUUAUUUAAGGGUGAUUUAAAAGAUUUACGUAUUAUCACCGGCCCCUACGGUUAUUUAUCACAAUGUGAACUAAUGGAUGCACAAUGCCCCACCUGUGGGCAGUUUUUAGAGUUAGAGAACGCUUUAGUAGAAUUAAAACAAACCUUGUCGCUGUUAACAAAAAGGCUAGUGGCUGCAGAGAAUCGUGUCUCGUAUAUAGAGGAAUGUGAUUGUAAAAAAUCAUGCCUAAUUAAUGGUACAAGUAAACACGAUGGUGAUAUAUGGGAUAUAGGUUGUAGUCAGUGUAAAUGCGAACGUGGCGUCGUCACGUGUGGUCCAAGACCAUGUCCAGAGGUUACGUGUAAACAUCCAGUAUUAGAUGAGGGUGAAUGUUGUCCUAAGUGUUUAAAAAACUGUUAUAUUAAUAAGAAAGACUUCGAACACGGCGAGAAGCAGAUCCUAGGCUGCCGAAACUGCUCGUGCAUAGAUGGCAAUAUGAUGUGUGAUAUGCUGCAAUGUCCGGAGCUGAAGUGCCCCCCGGAGCAGCAGUUGUCGGUGACGGACGAGUGCUGUAAAUUCUGUCAAGGGAUGGACUAUUGCUCAAAGGGUCACGCAUGUCAUACUAACGCUACGUGUCUUAAUCUUAACACCAAGUACACGUGUACCUGUCGUUCGGGCUUCCACGGAGAUGGGUAUGAUUGCUCUGACAUCGACGAGUGCGCUCAACAAGGUGGUCUUAAUGGUAAUCACUGCCAUUUGAACACGCGAUGCGUCAACACGUUCGGUUCGUACGUGUGCGAAUGUCUGCCCGGCUACCGGCAGCUGGACAAGUUCAACUGCGUCGAGGUGGACGAGUGCAAGUCCGGAGAGCACACCUGUCAUCAGCACGCGGACUGCAUCAACACGGCCGGUUCGUUCCACUGCCGUUGCAAGCCGGGCUACCAGGGCAACGGGGACGACUGUAAACCUGUGUGCAAUCAAACCUGCCUAAAUGGAGGUGAAUGCAGGGCGCCCGGAGUGUGUACCUGCCGGGCAGGCUACGUGGGUGAAUCCUGCGAGAAGGAUUUGGACGAGUGCGCGACCGGAGUGCACCGAUGCAAGGAGACAACGAACUGUGUUAACAUGCCAGGAUGGUACUUUUGCAAAUGCAAACCUGGAUUUGAAACCAAAGGAAAUGAUUGUGUAGAUAUAGAUGAGUGCUAUUUGAACACGCACAGCUGUCACGCGACGGCCAGGUGCGUCAACACGCAGGGACAUUUCGAGUGCGUGUGCCCGAAGACGACCGACGUCGACGCCAGCACCAGCAAUAGGGGGUCGUGGUCAUCUGCCGAAUGUAGGUUAAGUUGUAUGUUUGAGGACAGCGAAAUUCCCGACGGUGGACAGAUUUCGCCCCGGAACCAGCCGUGCAAGGUUUGCACCUGUUCCAAGGGGGUGAUUAGCUGCGUUGAACCACCGUGCAACUGUUCGACCUGGAGGCGGGGCAGCGCGCGAGAUCUGUGCUGCCCGCAGUGUGAUCCCAAAGAGUCCUGCCAGCACCAGGAGCUGAAGCAUGUGACAUUUCGCAGCGGUGAGCAGUGGAUUUACCAGUGUCAGACGUGCGAAUGCCUGUAUGGUGAAUUCGACUGCUGGAAACUGGAGUGCCCUCCGUUAACUUGUGAUAAUCCCCUCCCACUCGGACCGGGUGAUUGCUGCCCACGAUGUCCGGACGACAUGUGUGGCUUCGCCAACGUAACCACCAACGGGAGCACGGGGGGAAGCUCGUGUCUGUAUGAGCAGCACAUCUACACCUCUGGACAGACGUUCAAAUACCCGUCCAGAGAGUGCGCCACCUGUUCCUGUAAGGUCCCCUACUGUGCCCAACUGGUGAGCAAUUCCGCGUGUUGUGUGCAUCGGACGGUAAGAUCACCUGCCAUUACGAUGAUCAUUGUAUUGACGAUGAACUACGAAAGAUUGAAGAGCAUCCUGCAAAUGAUAGUGUUAAGAGUAGUCUUUCUAAUAAUAAACCAUCGCAAACAACGACCCCAAAGACAUCACCGCAAUCAUCACAAGCAGCAGCAGCAGCCGAAGCAACAGAAACAACAAGCGACAGCAACGAGGAUAAUCCAGAAGCAGAAGCAACAGCAGCAGCAGCAACAAUCCCACCCACAGCCCUGUUUUCAGAACAAUCAACCACAUCAACCAGCAACUCCGCAGCCUCAACGAUACCAAAGCCAAAUGCAACCCUCUCCGCUCGUGUUCAACAGCAGCAGCAACAGCCGGACGAUAGUUCGGCAUCACAAGCCACCACACCCCCAGAGCAUCUUCAACCGCAGAAGCCACGCCCUCGAAAUCCGGCUAACGCAGCAAAGAAGCUACUCAAACGGUCGCUACCAUCCACUGUCGACGGACGACUCAUCGAGACCACAUCGUCUGCAGCACCUCUCCGAAGGUAUAUUGGUAACUAAGUUUAUCAAGAGCAAUGAGUACUAUCACAGUUGCGAGGCGGUGACGACCUAA